AGUCCACAUGCGAUAUAUAACACGUAUUACACUAACUUACCUGCAAUUCCCCCGUUCGAUUCGCCGCGUUUACGUGAAUAUGUUUAAUGACGCAGCAAGACCGUACAGAGCAACCCAUGGCCAAGUUGUUCCGAGCUGCUAUCAUGGGUCCACCGGGAUCGGGGAAAGGAACGAUAUCCAGGAGGAUUGCACAAAGCUUUGGCCUGCAAUAUCUGUCCAGCGGCCACUACCUAAGAGAGAGCAUAGCGGCGAAUACAGAGGCAGGUGCGCUGGUGAGGACCUAUGUAGAAAGAAGCAUGUUGGUGCCCGACCACGUGAUGACCAGACUGAUGCUGCCCAGACUGGAACAGCUGAUUGACCAAAGCUGGCUGCUGGAUGGUUUCCCCCGCACUCUGUCGCAGGCCAACGCCAUGAACGAUCUGUGCCAGAUGGACAUGGUCAUCAGCCUCAACAUCCCCUUCGAGACUCUGAAGGAGCGAUUGAGCGCCCGCUGGGUCCAUCAAGCCAGUGGGCGGGUCUACAACAUGGGCUUCAACCCACCACGAGUGCAGGGUAAGGAUGACAUCACCGGGGAGCCACUGAUUCAGCAUGAUGAUGACAAGCCGGAAGCCCUGAUGGCCAGACUGAGACACUACAAAGAUGUCGCCAAGCCCGUCAUGGACCUGUACAAGUCACAGGGAAUCCUGCACUCAUUCUCCGGUACAGACACAGACCGUAUUUGGCCUUAUAUCAAUUCCCUCCUCAGCACAAGGAUGCACACGCAGCCGUCAGAUUACGUCCAAACGCAGAGACCCUGACAUUCUGAAUGAAAAGACCCAGUAGAAAACAGAACCUUAUUUCUAGCAGGUGGGGCUGAUGUUUUGACACGUGUGCCUCAGUUCUUAGUUUCCUUCUUGUUGAAAUUUAAGUGCACCGAACAAAACUGUAGUCUUCAAACAAAUUUGUAGUUCAGUUGCCAGGUGGUUUUAUCAAAUGAACGGUUAUAUGCAAUUCUAGAGCUUUAUUGAUUAUGUUGAUUUAUGCACUAUUUUGAAACAUUUCAUUUUCAUUUCAACAUGCAUUUGAAUUUUGCAUUUUUACACUACUAACCCUAACCCUCUCAAAAAAUCCAACAUGGCGGAGAGACGUUCACUCAAGAA